ACGAGCACAUGGGUUUCAUGUAAAUCAACCAGACGUUCUGUCACUCACCAGCUAUAUCUCCAUAGCGUUCCACACCCAUGGGCCUGCAGGAAUAUUUCUCUUUGCCUGUGGAGGAAAUAUUCAAGGGAAUGUGCUUUUUCAGAGAUGGUGACACCAGAAUGUUUUAAAUCUGUUCAUUACCACAACAUGGAUAAAUGGCAUUUCUGCCAAAGACUUUUGCUAACGGGUGCAGUAAUCCAUGUCAGCACUUUCUGAAAUUAGAGGUUCCUCCUUGAAAGAGUUCAUUUCAAUUUUCUGCAGAGGACUUAACAUGGCAUACAAAAAUCUCAGGAUGCAGAGAGACCAAUAGAACACAAAAUUUCUACUGAAUGAGUUUCUCCACCUUCUUGUUAUCGUACACCUGCCUUCCUUAUAAGGAGAACAAGGAAGUAAAUCAUGUUGAAGUUGCUUUUAAACACAGCUUUUCUUCUUUACCUGUCCAGUCUUCACAGCAAGAAGUGAAACGAAUGGGGAUUGAGCUGCUUUGCUUCUUCUUUCUGUUUCUGGGAAGGGAUGAUCACGUACGAGGUGGCUGUGCCAUGGAAGGUGCAGAGACCUGUGGCGACUGCUUGCUCAUUGGACCUCAGUGUGCCUGGUGCUCCCAGGAGAAUUUUACUCACCCAUCUGGAGUUAGCGAGAGGUGUGAUACCCCAGCAAACCUUUUAGCCAAAGGAUGUCAAUUAACCUUCAUUGAAAACCCUGUCUCCCAAGUGGAAAUACUCAAAAAUAAGCCUCUCAGUAUAGGCAGACAGAAGAAUAGUUCUGACAUUGUUCAGAUUGCGCCUCAAAACUUGAUUCUUAAAUUAAGACCAGGCAGCGAGCAGACGCUGCAAGUGCAAGUCCGCCAGACCGAGGAUUACCCAGUGGACUUGUAUUACCUCAUGGACCUCUCCGCCUCCAUGGACGAUGACCUCAACACAAUCAAAGAGCUGGGCUCCCUGCUUUCCAAGGAGAUGUCUAAAUUAACUAGCAACUUUAGACUGGGCUUCGGCUCUUUUGUAGAAAAACCCGUCUCCCCUUUUAUGAAAACAACACCAGAGGAAAUUGCCAACCCUUGCAGUAGUAUUCCAUAUAUCUGCUUACCUACAUUUGGAUUCAAGCACAUUCUGCCAUUGACAAAUGAUGCUGAAAGAUUCAAUGAAAUUGUGAAGAAACAGAAAAUUUCUGCUAAUAUUGACACACCUGAAGGUGGAUUCGAUGCCAUUAUGCAAGCUGCUGUGUGUAAGGAAAAAAUUGGCUGGCGGAAUGAUUCGCUCCAUCUCCUAGUCUUCGUGAGUGAUGCCGAUUCUCAUUUUGGAAUGGACAGCAAACUGGCAGGCAUUGUCAUUCCCAACGAUGGGCUGUGUCACUUGGACAGCAAGAAUGAAUACUCCAUGUCAACUGUCAUGGAAUAUCCAACAAUUGGACAACUCAUUGAUAAAGUGGUACAAAACAAUGUGUUACUGAUCUUUGCUGUAACCCAAGAACAAGUUCCACUAUAUGAGAAUUAUGCAAAACUUAUUCCUGGAGCCACAGUGGGGCUACUUCACAAGGACUCUGGAAACAUUCUCCAACUGAUCAUCUCAGCUUAUGAAGAACUGCGGUCUGAGGUGGAGCUGGAAGUAUUAGGAGAUACAGAGGGCCUCAAUCUUUCGUUCACAGCUGUCUGUAACAAUGGCACUCUCUUCCCACACCAAAAGAAAUGCUUGCACAUGAAAGUGGGAGAAACAGCUUCAUUCAAUGUGACUGUGAGUAUACCAAACUGUGAGAGAAAAAGCAGGCAUGUUAUCAUAAAGCCUGUGGGGCUGGGGGACACCCUGGAAAUCCUUGUCAGCCCAGAAUGCAGCUGCGAUUGUCAGAAAGAAGUGGAAGUGAACAGCUCCAAAUGCCACAAUGGGAACGGCUCCUACCAGUGUGGGGUGUGUGCCUGUAACCCAGGCCACAUGGGCCCUCACUGCGAGUGUGGUGAGGACACGCUGAGCACAGAUUCCUGCAAGGAGACCCCAGACCAUCCCUCGUGCAGCGGAAGGGGUGACUGCUACUGUGGGCAGUGCAUCUGCCACUUGUCUCCCUAUGGAAACAUUUAUGGACCUUACUGCCAGUGUGACAAUUUCUCCUGUGUGAGGCACAAAGGGCUGCUCUGUGGAGAUAACGGAGACUGUGAGUGUGGGGAAUGCGUGUGCAGGAGUGGUUGGACCGGAGAGUACUGCAACUGUACCACCAGCACAGACACCUGCAUCUCCGAAGACGGCACGCUCUGCAGCGGGCGCGGGGACUGCGUCUGUGGCAAGUGUGUCUGCACGAACCCUGGAGCCUCGGGACCCACCUGUGAACGAUGUCCUACCUGUAGUGACCCCUGUAACUCUAAACGGAGCUGCAUUGAAUGCCACCUGUCUGCAGAUGGUCAGCCUGGAGAAGAAUGUGUGGACAAAUGCAAACUAGCAGGUGUGACCAUCAGCAAAGAAGCAGAUUUCUCAAAGGAUAGUUCUGUUUCCUGCUCCCUGCAAGGAGAAAAUGAAUGUCUUAUUACAUUCCUAAUAAGUACAGAUAAUGAGGGGAAAACCAUCAUUCACAACAUCAGUGAAAAAGACUGCCCCAAACCUCCAAAUAUUCCUAUGAUCAUGUUGGGGGUUUCACUGGCUAUUCUUCUCAUCGGAGUCGUCCUAUUAUGCAUUUGGAAGCUGCUGGUGUCAUUUCAUGACCGUAAAGAAGUCGCCAAAUUUGAAGCAGAACGAUCAAAGGCCAAGUGGCAGACAGGAACCAACCCCUUGUACAGAGGCUCCACCAGUACUUUUAAAAAUGUAACCUAUAAACACAGGGACAAACUGAAGACAGACCUUUCCACAGAUGGAUAAACCACUUCACUUCACGCAUGGGGAAAAAGUCUGUUUCACCGAUAUGAAAGGUUAAUGCACUAUUUGAUUUUUCUUUCUUGCUUGCUUCAAAAGGAAGCUGGUUUAAGAUAAUAAUAGGUCAUUUGGAGAUCAGUCAUUCUCUGUUGAAGAUGAGACACUGUUGACAUGUUUAAAAUCAUCAAGAAGAGGAAUUUCUUUAGCAAAGAGGUGACUUUGGGGAUCAUUUGACGAAUACUAACUCUGAUGCAUUAAUGCCUCAAAAAGUUCUCAGAAUGAUUCACGGGGGUCUUAUUUGCAUUUGAAAAAUGUGUGAAAUUAGAUUCUCAUUUGUUUCAGGAAUAUAGCUACCUAAAGUCUUUGUCUCAGCAAAGUCACAAAAUCCAUAUGCUCACAUUGUAUAUUCCCCGUUGCCAAUUAUUCAAAACUUUAGUAAAUCUGCCCUUUCCUGAAGGAGCACUUUUUAAAAUAUGUGAGAAAUGAGAUUCUGAUUUUAUAUCAGCUGAAAAGAAGCAAAUUCUUCCAAAGAUAACACAAAUGUAAGAUGGAAAUGUAAGCAUUAAUAAUUUCUGUAAAUUUGUAUCCACUUAAAAGUUAGGUACACAAGCAUUCUAUUUGUUUCACAGAUGAAGAGGUAAUUUACAGGCUAAACUUCUAGUAAAACCAAAAUGAUAACCCUGUCAUGUAACUAUUUUUAAACCACCUGAAAAAUAACCUUCUAUACUCAGUUUCCUUCUUAUUCCUAAGCUUUCAAAUUGCUUCUUUUGGAAGGUCUUCUAAAUCUUGUGAUUGUCAUAUGAAAGUAAUCGUUUAUUUUUAAAGAUUUCUUUAAAUGGCUACCUUAUUCAAAAAAAAGAAUCGAUAAUAUAAGUUACAUAAAGUAAAAACAAUGAAGUCUUAAAUGUCUUUAAAUCAAGCACAUUAAGUGUAUAUAAAUCCCCCAUGGAUUACAGGCUUUUUAAUCUAUGUUCUUUUCUCAUCUACAUAACCCUAGAUGCACAUUUCAGAUGCAUUUGGUAGACAGGCUUUGUACAUUCACCAGUAAGAUUUUACUUGUAAAAUACACAUAGACAAUUAAGAAUCUGUCAGCUAAUUGAAGAGUUGGAGUCUAUGGGAUAUUAUUUCUAUGGUUAUCGCUGUGUUUGCAAAGCACUUUCAUCUUAUUGGAUCCUUAUAAGAAAAUUAAGUGUCAGAACUGGGUUUAGAAUCUACAUCAUCUUAUUCUGAAAUACUUUCUCUUUUAUGUGAGAUGACUUCUUUUGUCAGUAAAAGAUGGAAAGAUGGUAAUAGUUAAGUAACAACUAUUUAUUUGUUUGAAAAUAUGGAGAUAAAGCAGCAUUCAAAGCACUGGAACACAGGGGAAUUAUUGUACUGUUGUGCAAUGUUUAUUACCUUUGAUUAAAUUGUAAUGUGAAGCCUUUUACUAGGUGAAUAGUUACAUACAUGGGGGACACUUCAUAUAGUUAUCCAUUAAAUUGCAUAUUUUCAAACCUUUUCAUCAUAGCAGACAGAAUUGUAUAUAUUUAGUCACUUUUAUUUUUCUGGUUCCUGACUAACUCAGGUAAAUCAAAUAUUUAGGGAGAAUACUGGCUUAAGAAACAGAUAACUAAGCAGUCUCAUUGGGCAUUUGAAGGGCUGGCACAUGCCCAGGCUUCUGACUGACCCCAAGGUUCCUGGCUGACACCUAGGACCUGGGGAAAGUCCAGAGCUACACAUAGGUACACUACCAAUAACACAGCAGUAACAGUCCCCUCUACAUGGAUGGCUGGUGCUAUUCUUGUAUUAUUACUGAAAUGGUACAUUAGAAAAUAGAAGUUUAUUUAGUGUGCAUUAUGGGAAAAUCUGCUCCUUCUCUAAAUGCUGUUUUGGCCCAAGGCAGGACCUUGAAAAGGUCAAAACAUGAAUCGUAGUACUUCUGUUCAUGAAGAGUUGUUACACGAAGAUGAAAUGGUUGUUUUGUAAGUUGUUUUAUUGUAUUUUGUGUUGACAUAAAUAAACAUGGUAAUUUAAACAAUGAAA